CUUUCCAGGACACACUGGCUUUUGGCCUUCUGCGCACCAGUAUGAUUUGGGGCAAGGGACUUUGUUUUGUGAGGGGGUUUUUUAGCAUAGGCAACGUGUCCUGCAUUUAACAGCUGUGGAAGGGUUUGUGCGUGGGAGACUUGGCUUAGGCAACCCAAUGGGACUUUGCCUGAAAAGCUGCAGGAGUUUUCAGUUUUGUGAAAACUAUACUGUUGGCAAAGCUUUCAAAUUUAUUCUGCUGUGGGUUGGUUUUUUUGGUCAUCAAUUAAUAUAUUUAUAGAUAAGUGUGAUUUUUAACAAAAGAUAGAGACCUUGGCUUAAAUUGGCAACUGAAACAAUAAAAAUUACACACAGCCAAGGAAUCCCCAUCUGAAACUUUCUUGACUGAUGGGAUAACUUCUUCCACUGAAACAUCACAGUGAAAGAAACAGUGUGUAGUUUCUCGUUGGGUUUUUUUUUCCUCUGGUGGUGUCCCCUGAUGGUUCUCAAAGCUCCACGCUGUGUGUUAUUCUGUGCACGUAGCACUGUAUCGAAAUGGCCGAUGAUAACGAAGACCUGCAGGCAGAUGAAGAGCUCCCGGCUCCAGCUGAGGACAGCUUUGAGCAGCUGGAGAACGAUAGCCCUGCUGAGCGCAGCGGGCACGUGGCAGUCACUGAUGGACGCUGCAUGUAUGUCUGGGGAGGCUAUAAGAAUGCCCAGGUUAGGGGAUUUUAUGACUUCUAUCUGCCUAGAGAUGAAAUAUGGAUCUACAACAUGGAAACUGGAAGAUGGAAGAAGAGUAAAACAGAGGGAGAUGUUCCACCUUCCAUGUCUGGAAGUUGUGCCGUGUGUGUAGACAGAGUGGUGUACCUGUUUGGAGGACAUCAUGCACGCGGCAAUACAAACAAGUUCUACAUGUUAAAUUCCAGAUCCACGGACAAAGUGCUGCAGUGGGUCAGAGUAGAGUGUCAGGGGGUACCCCCUUCAUCAAAGGACAAACUUGGCGUUUGGGUUUACAAAAACAAGCUAAUAUUUUUUGGAGGCUAUGGUUAUUUUCCUGAAGGGAAGCAACGGGGAAGUUUUGAAUUUGAUGAAACCUCUUUUUGGAAUUCAGGUCUUCCUAGAGGGUGGAACGACCACGUGCACGUUCUGGACACUGAAACUUUCACUUGGAGCCAGCCUAUAACUACGGGUAAAACUCCGUCACCGCGAGCAGCUCACGCCUGCGCGACAGUCGGGAACCGAGGCUACGUGUUCGGUGGCAGAUACAGAGAGUCCAGAAUGAACGAUCUUUACUACCUGAAUUUGGAUACGUGGGAGUGGAAUGAAAUAAUCACACAAGGCAUGUGCCCAGUUGGCCGAUCGUGGCACUCUUUAACACCCAUUUCCUCAGACCACCUCUUUCUCUUUGGAGGAUUCACCACUGACAAGCAGCCGUUAAGUGAUGCUUGGAUUUAUUGUAUCAGCAAGAACGAGUGGAUACAGUUUGAGCAUAACUAUUCUGAAAAACCAAGGUUGUGGCAUACCGCUUGUGCAAGUGAAGAGGGAGAGGUGAUCGUCUUCGGGGGCUGUGCCAACAACUUACUCGCCCAUUCUAAAGCUGUAACACGCGCUCACCUCGCAGCCCUUGCUCAGAACCCUGCUAACGGCGGCCGUGCUUCCCUCUCCCCAAGGCUGUGCCUCGAAGCAGUCAUUUGCUUCAAGGAGAUGCUGGCCAGUUCCUGGAAUUGCCUCCCCAAGCACUUGCUGCACAGCGUCAAUCAGCGGUUUGGAAGCAACAACACCUCGGGCUCCUGAGCCCUCUGCGGGCAUCGCUGAACGAGCUGUGCCGUUCUGAGAUGUAAUAAUAAUUUUACCGAGUGUGCAAACAUUAAACUUGUAUAGGUUAAAUAUCCGUAUCGUCGUAGGUAGUUGCUUCUUGCCUUUAAGUUGCAUGUGAAUGGCCUAGAGAGAACCUAUUUUUGUGUAAAGAUGUUUGCAAUAAAUGUAUUUAAUGCAAGUGGAGAUGUAGGCUGUGCUUAAGCUAAAACUAGUCCUGGCUUGGUCCACCUCCAAGUACGUGCGAGGGCCAGCCCCAGGCGAGAGGAUGGGGUGUGCAUGUGUGGGGAUAGAAUUGUUGUGGGGUCCCCGGUCAAGGACCUGAGGACUUGGGGGGUUGUGCGGGAAAACCCGAGGCACGCCCCGGCUGCUGAAGAGCGUUGCUUCGGUCUAGGCUGAAGCCUGCCGCGAGGGGUGAGCGGUCCUGGUUUAGGCUGCAGCGUUAGGAAACUGCUUAACAUUUUGCCACAAAUGCUUAAGGUCAGAGAAACGGGAUUUGGAAAUUGUACGUUGUCAGAUAAACCUGUCGUCGACCUUUGGCUGUUAAAAGCACCGCUACUCUCUGCUUGGCUGUAGUUUGGUUUUUUUGGAACUCUUAUGUCGUGGAACCUCAAUUGUGAACCUUAGGUAGCAGAUAUUCUGCCCUGAGAAGCGUAACUGAAAGUGCUGGAGCCCGUUCCCAGCUGUGUCAGUGACCCGUGGCGCUCACCUCGGGCUGGCACAGCCGCAGGGAGUUCAGCUCCGUGGCGGCACACCGAAACCGGGCUGGGUCAGCGCCUGCCGGGGCUGGGUCAGUGCCUGCCGGGGCUGGCUCGGCUCCCUCAGCAGCCCCAGCGGGGCGACAUCGGGACAAGGAACGGGGCUGUGCUGCUGUGGGGAAGGGGUGAAAUCAUGUCUGAGCUGUCCUCAAAAAAAAA